AAAAAGGUGUAUAUUAAUAGCUUUUAUUUUACUUUAGAUCAUAGCAUUGGUAAUUAUUAUGAAAUGCGGAUCUAUUGUGCAUCUAAACAUCGCCAUCACGGUUGUGAAAACGACGCUUAACAACCACCUCACAAUCGAAAACAUCGCCGCGCAGAUACGCUUGUCAUUUGCCAAAACAUUGUUUUCGCAUCUUCCCAGGUCGAAAGAAAAAAGGAAACUACCACCGGAGUGGGUUGUGAUUGUAUCCGCUCCUCCACUCACAGGGGAACCAUUAGUGAAGAAUAUGGCCACUCAACAAUCAUUCUCGUUACGAUGGAACGAUUACUCGUCGCACAUUGCCAGAGCGUUCGAGUCGCUGCGCUACGAGGAAGAUCUCGUCGAUGUGACGCUAUACUGUGAGGGGCGCAGAAUACGCGCCCACAAGAUGGUACUGUCCGCGUGCAGCUCCUAUUUUAAGGACAUCUUCAAGGAGAACCCAUCCCAGCAUCCGAUCAUUAUCUUUAAAAAUGUAAAAUACUCCGAUCUGGUCUCGCUGGUGGAAUUCAUGUACCAGGGUGAGGUAGUGGUGCUGCAGGAGUCUUUGCCAAGCUUUCUGCAUACGGCCGAGCUGCUCUCGGUCCGCGGUCUGGCCGAUACGUGCGACAGCAUUGAACAGCACCUGCACAGUACGAUCUCGGAUCAGCCGACCUCCUCAUUGGCUCAACAAAUACUGCAAACGCAAUCACGCAACAUGAACAACGCCACGAUCACGACGGAGCCCGUAUACUUUACGCUACCCUCUAACUCCACCAUCGUACCGCAGAUAAAGAUUGAGUCGCAGCCGCCUGCUUCACAGCAACUGAUCAACAAAAUUCUACUAAAAUCAUCCAACGAUAUUACCGCCGCCCUUGGCAAUACCAUCGUACCGCAGGCACAGCAGCAGCAGCAACAGCAACAGCAACAGCAACAGCAAAUGCACUCCCAAACACAUUUACAGCCGCCACAACCAUCCACAACGGCUACGCAGCAACAGCAGCAACCACAACUGCAAACACAAACGACGAUUCGCGAACAACACCAGCCAAACCUGGUUUUAAAAGCUUCCCACAGCGUUACCAUGCCGACACUGGGACAGCCGAUCGUCGCUCACGGUUCCGCAUCCCAGCCCGAUCAAAACAAACAGCAGUCCGCGACUGCAUUGCAAGAUUUGGUGGAAAGCGUAAUAUCCAUGCCUCGGCCGGUAAAAAUAGAGCGCGUCUCCAAGCAAAAGGAUACCACACCGUUACCCACAACAACAGCAGCAACGAAGCAAGCGACCAGUACAGCGGCGGUGGACAUCAAGCCGUCCACCAGCUAUACAGCGCUGUCAACUACGACGAACACUGCAAAUCAAGCGACAAACAGUGGAAUGGAAAUGUACGAGCAGGUACCACAGAGCCACGAAACAUCGUACACGGCAAACACGGGCAACGGUGAGGUGAAACUGCACAUUUCCGAGUUUAUCAAUGUUGGUGAAAGUAUGGCGACGACCAGCGGAGGGGACAGUAGCACAUACACCCACCCGGAAGGCUUCGAGCUGGUGAAUGAGAACAUUCCAAACCGAUCGGAACCGGACGAAACCAUCGAGCCGAGCAGCUUCGAGAUGGAGAUCGUUGAUAUGGACGUGGCUGGCAUUUUCCCCGACGAAGGAUCCACUACGAAGGAAACCACGACGCCGGCGGACGACAGCGGCACUGCAAAGACGCUGGAUAAAAAGUACAAAUGUAAAGUGUGCGGCAAAGGCUUUGUCACCUGCAAAUCGCUCAACAUGCAUCUGCACAUACAUAGCGGCCGCACCAAAUGUGGCAUCUGCGGUGCGGUGCUAUCGCGCACCGCCAACCUCAAACGGCAUAUGAAGCUGAAGCAUGAACCAUGAGGUCCGACGGCACGUCCGACGUAAACUUUGCCGUAAAUGUUGUUUAGAUAGUGUUCUGGCAAACAUUACUUUUCCUGUUUGUUUCGCAUAUGUAUUGUAAAACUGUGUAAAGGUGACAAGUGAUCGUCUGUUGUUUUCGGCUCACUUUCACACCCGUUCGUGUACGAUAGGGUACUGCGAUCAUCCAUCGUGUCGUGAGUGUUUCUAUUUUAGAUAACAUUUAGUCCAUAAUCUACACUUUGGCUACUCGCUGAAGCAAACAGAUAAAACCAUUUUAAAACGA